CGAGCCAGGUUAUCCUCAAUAUGGCGGCGCGCGCCUAGAAAAUCAAAAUUGAUUAAGAAUUGUAUGUUUUCAACAAAACAUGGACUGCCAAGUACUUCUUUAUAGAAAACAAAGGUAAAGCCGUGUGCGUAAUUUGUGGCACACAGGUCGCUGUGUUGAAAGGUUGCAAUUUGAAUCGCCACUACAUGACCAAACAUGAGGAUAAAUACAGAAAUGUGUCUGAUGGAGCGCGCGCAGAGCUGUCUGAUGUGUUGCAAGCAAAACUGCAAACCCAGCGAGGACUUCUUAGAAAACGCUGCACACCCAGAGAUGCAGCCGUCAGGACAAGUCGUUUUCUGGUGGAGAGCUCAUUAAGGAGUGCUUGUUGGACUCGGUUGCACUGAUAUGCCCGGAGAAAAAGGGAGCAUUUGACAGCGUGCCUCUCUCCAGACGUACUGUAACCAGGCGGGUGGAGGACAUCGCUGGAAACCUGGAGCUUCAGAUGAAGGACACAGCGGCCGACUUGGACCAUUUUUCUCUGGCUUUGGAUGAGAGCUGCGAUGUACGUGACACCGCCCAGCUGCGCAUCUUCUUCCGCGGGAUAGCUGGCAGCCAUGCAGUCAAUGAAAGGGACAACCACUGCAUGUUUGGACAAGUUAGGACUGAAAUGGGACAAGCUGGCGGGUGUGACAGCGGACGGUUGUCCAAGUCUGCAGGGAAAAAUGUUGGACCUUUGAAGAGAAUGCAGGAUGAAGUGACAGAAAUGAAGCCUGUGCAGAAAUGCACGUUUUGCGUUGUAUUACACAUCAGGAAGUGUUGCGUCAGUCAGUGGUAAAAAUAAACCAUGGUGUUGAUGCUGUAACUAAAAUGGUAAACUUCAACUGUAUUUUCUUAUUUGACCUAUACAACACAAUUUCACAUAGCCUAUUUAUAUACAUAUUUACAGAUUGUUUUUAUUCUACCGAUUACCAGUACCAGCUAUUAAAAAUAUAUAAUUUAGUGCAUUUUAUAAUGGGAGAAAGUUGAGCAGAAUUAAGUUCAAGUUCUUGUUGGUGUGGCCCUCUGACACAGUUCAGGUUUCUCAUGUGGCCCCUUGCAAAAAUAAUUUGCCCAGCCCUGAUCUGGACUCUUCUUGGAUUCUUGUCUUUUUUAACUCUUUAGUAUAUUGAAAACACCCUCGAAUGAAUCCCUUCUGUAAACAUCUGUGCUCCAAAUCCGUUGAAUAACAACUUUGAUAAAUGUGUUGAUAAACUGCAGUUUUAAUAGUUUAUUAGACAAUGUGAAACCCACAGGUACUUAUUAGUGAGAUUACAAGAUCCAUACCUGCGUUAUUACCAAAUAGCCUGCAGGACAAACAUCCUACAGAGGAUUUUUUCACAACCAGAAAGUUGUUUUUCUUAUCCCCCUUUGGUUUAUUUGUGGUCAUGAGCCAGAGGUCUUUCUAUGCUGCAUUAUACCAGUCAGUCCGACUCCCGGCCAUCUGAGGGCGGUAGAGGCUGCAGCUGCAGCUCCGAGACGCAUUAAAGCUUCUUCGUUUUGGCCAACAUUCUUCGUCAUGGCUGCUGUUGUGAGGAAAGCGGGCCACGACAUAGGGACGCGAAAGCGGACCGAUGAUGUGCUUCUUUCGGAGGGGAUCGACUUCAGCUCUCUGCUGCUGUCUCCAGCCGUGCUGGACGGACUGUCGGCCGCAGGCUUCCAGAAACCCUCCCCGAUCCAGCUCAAAGCCAUCCCGCUGGGCCGCUGCGGACUCGAUUUGAUUGUACAGGCUAAGUCUGGCACGGGGAAGACUUGCGUGUUCUGCACCAUCGCCCUGGACUCUCUGGUCCUGGAGAAUCCUGCAACUCAGGUUCUUGUCCUGGCUCCUACUCGUGAGAUAGCGGUGCAGAUCCACUCUGUGGUCAUGGCCAUAGGCUGCGCCAUGGAGGGCCUCGAGUGCCACGUCUUCAUCGGGGGGAGGCCCGUGAGUCAGGACAAACCCAAUUUGAGGAAGUGCCAUGUAGCUGUGGGCUCGCCUGGUCGUAUCAAGCAGCUCAUCGAGCUGGGCAUGUUGUCCACCGCCAGCGUCAGACUGUUUGUUCUGGACGAGGCAGACAAGCUGCUGGAGGAGGGCAGCUUCCAGGAACAGAUAAACUGGAUCUUUUCCGCUCUGCCUGAGAACAAACAGAUGCUCGCACUCUCUGCCACCUACCCAGAAUCCCUUGCUCAGCACCUUACCCGCUACAUGAGAGAGCCCACUUUUGUCAGACUCAAUCCCAGUGACAUGGGCCUUAAAGGUCUGAAGCAGUAUUACAAGCUGGUGCAGUCCCAUCCUUUACCUCACAAGGUUUUCGAGGAGAAGGUGCAGCACUUGCUGGAGCUUUUCAGUAAAAUCCCAUUCAACCAGGCUCUGGUGUUCUCCAACCUACACACAAGGGCUCAGCACCUGGCAGACAUCCUGUCCUCCAAAGGCUUACCUGCUGUUUGUAUCUCAGGUGGUCUGAGUCAGGACCAGAGGCUGGAGGCCAUGUCAAAGCUGAAGCAGUACCAGUGCAGGGUGCUCAUCUCCACUGACCUGACCUCCAGAGGCAUCGAUGCAGACAAAGUGAACUUGGUGAUAAACCUGGACGUGCCGCAGGACUGGGAGACGUAUAUGCACAGAAUCGGACGGGCUGGCCGCUUCGGCACUCAGGGGCUGGCUGUGACCUACUGUUGCCAUGGCGAGGAGGAGAACAAGAUGAUGGCCAUUGCUCAAAAGUGCGGCCUGAGUUUGUCUGCGUUGCCACCUGUCAUAGAGCCUGGGUUGAUGGACGAGCCAUGUGACUGGGAUGUCUGCACAGAGGCUGCCACUCCGGCCCCCUUAUCCCAGCUCUCUUCCAGGACAGAGAAGAGGCGUGCCAAGUCAGUCACGGAUCUUCCAGAGCACAGCAGUCAAAGGAGGCCAGAGAAGACCCGUCCAGCACCCAGGCAGGGAGCACACGGUGAAGAGAAUCCUAGAAAAGUGUCUCCUGCAAGGGAUGCUCGUUCCCAGAGUCCUCCACAGGCGGCGCAGACUCGAAAAGAGCUGCAAGACGCUCUGCCAAAGAUCCCUCCUCUCAGCUCGUUUAAGAGCUGCAAGUCCAGGUUUAUGACCUUUGAGGAGGCCGAGCGGGACUUCCACAGCUUCAUUGCCACAGGGCUGGGGAGAUCAGUGGAGGUCAUCAGGGAGUUCAGAGGUCGAGAGGACGGCGGCUCCGAUGAGCAGAAUGGCCAGAGAGAGUCUGUCAUACUUAAUGAUGACGGAGCUGAAAGUUUAAAACGGCGCGGAAAACGCUGGGAACCUGACUUUUCACGUUCAAGGUCAAUUUCUGCUUCGUCGAGCUCGCAGUGUGACAAGGACGAUGGUGAAUGCAGAGCAGUCACUCAGCCUCAGACUGAAGCCAGGCCAAGAGACACUGCGCCCAAACCAAAGCGAGAGGAAGGCAAAGCCUGCACUUCUGCUGCACCUCAAAUGUGUCCCCAGACGGCCAGCGCUUGGCCUCAGCCAAGGAGCUGUGAAUCCACACCUGUUGAGAAAUCGAGCAGGCGACCCAAUCAGACGGCUCCCGCACAAGAAAAGAUUGAGAAACGGAGCAGAAAGAUUUCAGAGAGGACCAGCGGAGAGAGAAAACAGAGAGAAAGGGAUGAAGGAGAACAUGAUUAUGAUGAUGAUGAUGACGACCAAGAGGAGGAGGAGGAGGAGGAGGAGUGGAGUGCUGAAAGUUACUGGAGAGCCAGCUACAGAGCCUGGCAUGAUUACUACACCUCCAUGUCUCCUUUUCAAGAGCAGGGCUACCAAAGCUACUACAGCGCAGCCCACAACUGGAUGGCAGCUUAUCGUAUGAACGCGGUCUACAUGGAAGAACUCCUGAAACACUGACUGGUCCACUACUGUUAACCUGGAUGUUCAAUCACGCUGUUUUCCACUGAGAGGAUGUGCGCACAAGGUCCAGUGUCUGACUGGCUCGUGCGAAAAAUGAAUUAGGACGGCAGGACUGGGCACAAGACAACUGUCUGCACUUUCAUUCUAACAAGCACUUAAAUGUUUCGAGUGUGUAUUUGUCAGUUGAUUCGUACCAAACUGUACUGUUUUUCUAAUAAAUUACCAGUAUGGCG